CAGAAGUGACCCUCCCCAUUAUACCCAACUAGAACCCGACCUUGGGAACAGUGGAGCUGAGCAGAUUACAAAGCCGGCGGCUGGCAGGCGUCUCAAAUAUCGGCGCAUUCUGUGCGCGAGGGUGAGGAGCCACCAUUCUCGACAUAACAAUGGAGAAGAAUAAGGAUGACUGUUCAAAUAAAGAGCAAGAAGAAGAACAGGUUGUGAAUCCAUGGGUAGUGUCAGUCAAGGACGGCGGUAAAAUCGACUACGAUAAGUUGAUUGACAAAUUCGGCUGCCAACGGCUGGACCAGUCCCUCAUUGAUCGCGUCGAGAGGCUUACCGGACGUUCGCCGCACGUCUUCCUCCGCCGCGGCGUCUUCUUUGCCCAUCGUGACUUUGGUGAGAUUCUAGACUCUUAUGAAAGAGGAGACAAGUUCUACUUGUAUACUGGCCGCGGACCUUCUUCAGAGUCCUUGCAUUUGGGUCAUCUUAUUCCAUUCUUGUUCACCAAGUAUUUGCAGGAUGCGUUUAAGGUGCCUCUUGUAAUUCAGUUGACAGAUGACGAGAAAUGCAUGUGGAAGAAUCUGUCAGUAGAGGAAAGCCAAAGGCUAGCCCGGGAGAAUGCAAAGGACAUCAUUGCCUGUGGUUUUGACAUUUCAAGGACGUUUAUCUUCUCUGAUUUCGACUAUGUAGGAGGUGAUUUUUACAAGAACAUGGUGAGGGUUGCAAAGUGUGUCACAUACAAUAAGGCUGUUGGCAUUUUUGGUUUCACUGGUGAAGACCAUAUUGGAAAAGUCAGUUUUCCACCAAUUCAGGCUGUCCCAUCAUUUCCAAGUUCAUUUCCACAUCUCUUCUCAGGAAAUGAUAGGCUCCGUUGUCUGAUUCCUUGCGCAAUUGAUCAGGAUCCUUAUUUCCGAAUGACACGUGAUGUGGCUCCUCGUAUAGGCUAUCAUAAGCCUGCCUUAAUUGAAUCAUCAUUCUUUCCUGCUCUACAGGGAGAGACUGGAAAAAUGAAUGCAAGUGUUCCUUGUUCUGCAAUAUAUGUAACAGAUUCUGCAAAACAAAUAAAAGACAAGAUAAAUAGGUAUGCAUUUUCAGGCGGGCAAGAUUCUAUAGAAUUGCACAGAAAACAUGGUGCAAACCUUGAGGUUGAUAUACCGAUCAAAUACCUGGGAUUUUUCCUGGAAGAUGAUGCAGAACUCGAGCACAUUAGAAAGGAGUAUGGUGCUGGCCGUAUGUUGACCGGUGAAGUCAAGAAGAGGCUCAUUGAAGUUCUAACCGAUAUUGUUGAAAGACAUAAGCGCGCUAGAGCUGCAGUUACUGAUGAGAUGGUAGACGCGUUCAUGGCAGUACGCCCACUUCCUAAUAUGUUUUCCUGAACAAGGUUUAUAUUAUCACCAAGGUUCUUUUGACAUUAGAACCUUAUAUUAUUAUAAAUUAGAAGCUUUACAUUCAUUUUAUUGGAACUGUCUGUGCUGGGGAAUUUUGCUGUUAGUUGUGGACAACACUAUUGAAACUUGUAAUUUGUGAGGCAUUGCUAUAAGUGAGAUUUAAGGAAGCAUACUGAAGCAGAUGAAAGAACAUACGUACAAUAUCCUCAUUAUGGUAUCUCCUAAAUUUACAACAUAUCAAUUAUCAAAACAGGUACCAAAUUCGAAUUUUGUUUAAGCUUUAUCAACACCCACAAUAGAAUUCUGAUAUCAGA